GAAAGAAGAGAAGCCAAUGAAGUGCUUCCAAGAGGGCUGAUGGUCCGGGGUGGAGAGUUUAAAAAAAAACGCGCAGAUGAGCGACCAGGCAGCAGAGAUGAAUGAGAAAGGAAACAGUCGGAUCUAGCUGCGAAAAGGAGAGCGAUAAACAUGGUGUAGCUGCAGAAAAAAAGAGAAAAGGCAAACAUAAAGUGAACAAGGUGGACGCUGUCCUGUCGGAGCGGGGUUUUUUUUUUUGGAAGUUAUUUGAAACCCAAGCCAGUGGCAAAGAACAAGCAGACCGUUUUCAAGUGGGGUGCUUUACCUACCCGCAUGCACAAAGAUGUGAGUUUUGAAGAACUAUUUAUUUAUUAACUACAACUCCCUUUCCUUGUAUCUACUGGAAUACGUAUCGCAAUGGUUGCAUUUAGUUGCUUUUGGAAAACUUAACCUGUUCACGUUGUAGACGAGAAAAACAAACAAACAAUGGAAAUCUUCAAUUCUAUACAACUCUGGCUGGUGUGGAUUCAUGUGAAGCAGCUGUAAUAUAGCCUUAUUUAUUUAUUUAUUCUUGAUCUUUAAGACAUGGAGUAUUUCUUUAGACGAAAGAGGGUUUUAAAAACUCUUCUGAGUUUGUCUCUGCUGUUUGCAACAUUGGUAGUGUUUCACAAAUUCAAGCUGGUUGAUGAGCGAGCUAAGGACAGUAUGCUGUCAGUGAGGACGCAUGAGGCUCCAGGGUGGUUUCAGCUGGAAAACGACUUUUACCCAAGCGACACGAUCCUCAAAGGAGGUUUAAGCAAGAACAGCUCGCCCCCCGCACUCACACACCGUUCAGAGGGGGCUAAUCUGACCGCCGUAUCGAACGCGACGGCCACCGAGUGGGAUAUCAAAGCGGUCAAUUGCACCGAGAACUCGGAGCUGAAGAAAAUGGAUUGGUUUAUACGCCUGGACCCGAGGUUUCACCAGUUUGUUCUGUACAGGCACUGCAAAUACUUCCCAAUGCUCAUAAACCACCCCGAGAAGUGCAGUGGCGACGUGCACCUGCUGAUGGUGGUGAAGUCCGUCAUUGAACAGCACGACAGGAGGGAAGCGGUGAGGGAGACGUGGGGCAAGGGGCAAGAGAUAAACGGAAAGACAAUCCGGACUUUGUUUCUGCUGGGGAGUCCCUCGGCGGGGAAGGACUCCAAGAACCUGCAGAAACUCGUUGAGUACGAGGACAGAAUAUACGGAGACAUCCUGCAGUGGGAUUUCAUGGACACGUUCUUUAACCUCACCCUCAAGGAGGUGAACUUUCUCAAGUGGUUCGAUAUUUAUUGUCCCCGGGUGCAGUUCAUCUUCAAAGGAGACGACGAUGUCUUUGUGAACACAAAUAAUCUUUUGGAGCUUCUAGGUUUUAGGAAGGAAGACCCGAAGGCGGGCGGCUUGUUUGUGGGAGACACUAUUUCAAAAGCCGUCCCUAUUCGUAACCGCCAGAGUAAGUACUUCAUACCCAAAGAGCUUUAUGAUAAUCCCUACCCUCCCUAUGUCGGUGGGGGCGGAUUUCUCAUGGCUUCUGGACUGGCCAGGAAAUUAUUUGCCGUGUCUGACAACACCGAGCUAUUCCCCAUAGAUGACGUGUUUCUGGGCAUGUGUCUCCAAAAAGCUGGUCAUGCUCCAGAAACGCACCCAGGGUUCAAGACCUUUGGGAUAAUGAAACGCAGCGCCAGCCCCAUGAACAACGACCCCUGCUUCUAUAGAAACCUACUGGUGAUCCACAAGCUGAGUCCUGAAGAGCUUCUUAAUAUGUGGAAGGUUGUCCUUAAUGAAGAUUUAAUCUGUUCCAAAAGGAUUAUACUGCACUGAAUCCAAUGCACAGUGUAACUGUGGAACAUGGUCAACACGGGGGGACCCGGGACCCUCAACUUUGCCAAUGACCUUAUGCAUAAAAAGCAUCUCCUGUCCGGUUUGUAUUGUGCAAGCUUGAGUAUAUACCGUAUACGUCUUAGAAACCUGUUCGGUACAAGCAGUACAAACCUCGUGCAAUCUUGAAAAACAGCCCAUUAUAAAGGUCUAUCCCAAUGUUUACCGUUUGCAGAAAUAAAACAGUAAACACUAUUGUUAAAAAAUAUAUAUAUAUAUAUAUGUUUUUGAAGUAUAUUCUAUGAAAUGGUUAAGUAUGGAAACCGCACUUUUAUGAAAUUGAAACUGCGGACAGCACCCACGUUGAUUUCAUUCCAGAAUACUGUUAUGUUUGUAUGUCUGUACAAGUGAACCACCCGCAA